CAUAACCCAAUUUAUUUAUUUUUUAUAGCCAAUAAAUAAGCGAGACUUUUUUUUCAUAAUUAAAUAAAGAUUUCCGGAUCUAUAAAAAAAAGUGCUAAUUUAUAUUUUUUUCAAUUAAUUAUUUAUUGAUGUUCAGGCACAGACCGAAUAGAAAAAUUUUCAUAGACAAAUGAUCGUUAUUACUUCUUCCAUUUUGGAUUUUUCGAGCAGACCUGAGUAGAUUUACUGAUACAGAACUAAAAUUCGAAAAAACUAGAUCUGCAUCGAUCUUAUCAAAUCUCGUCAGAUCUAAAUUAUUUUUCCCAUGAAUAAAAUUUUUUUUCUUCCGGCGUUAAACAUUUUCCGAUUAUCAACCCUCACAUAUUAAUUAUUCACUCUCUAAGUUCUUAUUAUACCGUAAAAUAUGAACAAAUAAUUAAAUAACGUUAGAUAAAAAGCUCUGAUAAAUGUAUGACAGGAAUGAAUUGUUAAUAAUGUGUCCAUUAAAUAUACUCGACAGUUUUUCACCCAAAUGUUACGCUCGAAUGACAGUUCAUUUCUCGCCCACGCUUCGUGAUAUUGAAUGUACUAAAAAAAAAAAAAAAAAAAAAAUGAUUUUAUCGUGUGAUUAUUCCAAGUCUAUUUUUUUCUCACUCAGAGUAUUAAUAUCUUUAUUUAAAAUUCACGGAUUCGCGCCAUUUUCUACAACUUUUCAUGGGAAUAAUAACAAUGAAGACGUGAAAAAUAAAUUGAAUGUUAAUUUUUCAUACUCAUUAAUCGGAUCUAUUUAUAAUUCAAUAGUCGCCCUAAUUAUUUUAUGUGAAUUAAUAUGUAAUUAUAUUUUCUGGCCACUCGAUGACAAUUUCACACCUCAACACAUCUAUAACGUUUUCCAAAAAAUAGGUCUAAUUACAAUAAUAUUAAUGUAUUCAUUGAAACAAAAGUCAUUAAUAAAAAUAAUAAAUAAAUUAUCGGCUGUUAAUUGUGACUUUAAUUCAAGUGACAGAUUAAAAUUAAUAUUGCGAUAUGGAAUAUAUUUCAAAAUAAUGACAGUAAUAUUUUAUUUAACAAUUUCAUUAAUUGUUUUCAUCAGCUAUAUCGUUAAUGAUUUUUCAAAUUUAAAAGUUAACACGUUCAUUAAAUACUUCAUUAUAUUCAUCGUCGGCUGCUUUAUAACACAGUAUUCAUUACUGCUACUUUUCAUUUACAAAAAAUUAUGUGUUUUAAAUCAAUCAUUUUUACUACUGUUUUAUAAUGCUGACAAUAUUUCAGCGAGCAGCCGAAAUAUUUCGGAAAGAAGUAAUAAUUUUUUUGGUGAUGAUAUUCUGGAUAAAUUCCAUUCCAUUCAUAAAUCAUAUCAAACUAUUUGCGGUAUAUUAAAUAACGUCGCAGAAUUUUAUUCGCUUCCAAUGUUAAUAGCGAUUGGAAUUAUUGGACCGAAUUUGAUUGUUUAUAUUAAUACUGUGAUUAUUUGUAAUGGACAAUGCGAUAAAAUUAAAUUAAAAGUAUUUUAUAAUCUACUGUUAAUAUUUUUGUCAUUUCCGAUUGUUAAUUUAACUGUUUUAGCAACUAAAAUAAAUGAAGAAAUCAAGAGUACUAGUAAUAUAUUGUAUAAAAUAAUUACUGUUGUACAGAGUGGAGAAUUGAGUAAUGAACUUGAACUAUUUUCUAUUGAACUUCUUCAACGGGACAUUAAUUUUACGGCCUGUGGAUUUUUUAAACUAGACAAUUAUUUGAUAACUUAUAUUAUUGGUACAGGGCUUAUUUAUAUGAUGAUCCAAGUAUGAAGACAAUAUAUAUACAUAUAUUAACAUUGAGUAUUAAUUUGCAUACAACGAUCUUAUUGAAAUCAUGCGCUAACCUGGUCACCAGUGUUCUAGUUGUCUACGUCUUUAUAUGACUGAAUUUUGUUGCAGACACUAGUAAAAUAUUUUAAAUCGCAAGUCUUGCGCAGGACUUACAAAAAAAACUGUGUUAUGUAUCUAAAGAACUGUGCAAGCUAAUACGUGGCUUGUUGAUAAAAUUACUUACGCAUUUCUUGAGCAAAACUUGCGCCAGAAAUUUCUUACAGAUACUCACGCAUGGCUUGCGCCAGAUUUUCUCAAGAAGCGCUAAGUACAUAUCGUAGGCCAAAAGAAGGGGUAAAGUGACAGAGAUAGUUAUGUAGCGUUACUUGAGCAAAUCUGGCGUAAGUCAUGCGUGAGUUUAUCUUUAAGAAAUUUCUGGCGCAAGUUUUGCUCAAGAAAUGCGUAAGUGAUUUUAUCAACGAGCCAUGUGUAAGAUAUCUGCAAUAUUCUAUCGUACAAUAUCAUGUGCAAGUCAUACUAAAAUCUUUACUUUAAAUCUUGUAUUAAUAUCUUGUGACAGAUUUAUAGGCAUAUAAAGACGUAGACACGCAGAAAUUUCCGCAAGACACUUUCACAAAAUUAACGCAAGACUGCUACAAGAUUGUCUUUCAUGUCAUCUUGUGCAAAUCCAUAUAUUAGUAUCUAUCAAAGGAUUUUUGUGAUCAUUCUUGACCAGUGGCUUGUGAUGGAAAUUAUUACAUGGGUUUAUAAACAAAAUGACAGUAUUGAGUAUAUUUAUAUAUAUUUAAAUAAACUGUUGUAAACAGUUAUAUUUUGUAAUU